AGCCAAUCCAGGUCCUGCGCUCAAACAGCCCAAUGAGAAAUGGGAGACCCAAGACCUCAACCUAUUGGAGAGCAGGUAUUCUAAUCAGCCCAGUCUUUUAUCCCAGGAAAGGGAGCUUCCCUUGAAGUUAAGUGUGGUGGCCAAGUCAGUCAGUCUUGGUUUCGGAACUGGCAGGAACCUCAUGGACUUGGGCCACGGUUGCCUCGGCCACCAGUGCAGCUCCAGGGUCCCAGCAGACGUGGUCCCAGCAAAAGGCCUCCCCAUCGAGAGUGGCAGGUGGACAUUCCUAGGGCCUCAGGAUGGCAUUGCCACUGAGCCAAAUGCCUUGGGAAGAGUAGAAGCUGCACUCCGCGGUAGGUGCCUUGGCCAGCAAGCAGUCGAGCUAUGGACUCCAACCUGCAGGGGACCUUUCUCCUCAACAGCCCUUCUCUGUCCCCGUUCCCGGAAGUGAAAGCCCCCAUGUGCCAAUAUUCAGUGCAAAACUCCUUUUACAAGCUCAGUCCUCCUGGGCUCAGUGCCCAGUUGGCAUCCGGCACGCCACAUGGCAUCAGUGACAUCCUCAGCAGACCGGUGGUUCCUCCAAACAACGGCCUCCUGUCCGGCUACUCCCAUGUUGGGGGAUUCAAUGGACUGGGUGCCCAGGGCAUUUACUACGGUCCCCCAAUGGGCAGUUUUGCCAAGACAGGAAGUGACUAUGGAGCCAGGGGCAGGAGCUGUUGGGCUGACCCAGUCCCGGAUUGGCAUGAAGGCCGAGUAUGUGACAAUUCCGCCGGGCACCUAGGUGACGGCCUCCACAAGAAGAAACACACGAGGCCAACCUUCACAGGACACCAGAUCUUUGCCCUGGAGAAAACGUUUGAGCAGACCAAAUACUUGGCUGGGCCUGAGCGGGCACGACUGGCAUAUUCCCUAGGCAUGAGUGAAUCCCAGGUGAAGGUGUGGUUCCAGAAUCGGCGCACCAAGUGGAGGAAGAAGAGUUCCCUGGAGCCUUCCUCCUCUUCCCCACGAGCAGGAGCUGGACCAGGAGAGCGCGCCGUCUCUGAUGAGGAUGACGAGUACAACAAGCCCUUGGACCCAGACUCCGAUGACGAGAAGAUACGUCUCCUGUUGCGCAAACACCGGGCCACCUUCUCUGUCCUGGGUCUUGGCUCCCAUAGUGGCUGAGAAGGGCUGGAUUUGAUGGUGCCUGCAGCUUCCAGGGGCGGGGGCUGGAUUCAGCAGGCUGGACUUGGAGGUGUCCAUGGGGCUGGUGGUGGGAGGCCUUUCUCAAAAGUAGGACCUAGAGGUUCCAGUUCUGAACCUGGUGCAGAUGAGUAGCUGCUGUGGCUGCAUGCAAGUCUGGGGCAGGACACCCAAAGAAGAAGCCAGCUAGUAUCCAGCUUGCCCCUUGGACCUGAGGCGUGCCUGCAGCCUUCUGUUCCAUUGGGAAAGAGGUGUGCUUUCAUUUGUCACUGCAUUUUUCAUAAUAAUAAUACCAAUAGGCGAAAUGGCUCCAAAGAUUUACAAGGAAAGCAUGUUGGGGACGUUACAGGCAUCAGCUGAGAGGUCCUUUGAUAGCUUCUUCUCCCUGGUUCAAACUGAACAAUGUUGGAAAUUUUGCAGGCAUUUGGGGGUGUUUUUGGAGGGCGGAGAAGGAAAGUUGGAAGAUAAGGGGGUGCUUCUAGUGGAGUUAUUAUUUUUGUUUAUAAUGCAUCCACUAUAUUUCAUCCACCUAUUUUUGCAAGAGGGUCUAGACCAGUGUUUCCCAACCUUGGUCCUUUGAAGAAAUGUGGACUUCAAUUCCCAGAGAUUCUGGGAGUUGAGGUCUACACCGCUUCAGGGCAUUAAGGUUGGGAAACACCGGUCCAGAUAAUUCUGCCCUCCAUUUGUAAGAACCUUUUCCUGCUUCUUCUCCCACCGUGUUUCUUUCCAAGGUUAAUACGUAGAGAAUAGACCGAAUACCUGCAAUUGUCUGCAAUGGUCCCUAAUUACCACUCUUAAAAUUUCUCUGGAGUCUACCGGAAUUGGGCAGCCAAUCAAUUUAAGUCAACUAACUGAGAAAUAACCUCUGAAGGGUUCACCCUCCUCACUGAGUCAUGUAGUUUUAUCCACCCCCCAAUGAAGACAGUUGGAGGGGAGGGGAGGGACUCAAAACAGUCAGCAUGUGGUCAUGAGCCAAGCCCACUCCUUUUUAAGUGUACUGUACAUAUAACUCAUAUUGGGAAAAAAAAGGGGGGCAGCACUUUAAUAAUUGCCAACCAAGAUUGCUUUGGAUAGUGAGGUGGAUGGCAUGUAAAUUUAAUACUGUACGUGAAAUGAAAUAAAACAAAUAGAUUGCAUGCUGGCAAACACCUCCCUGAUUGGAAGGGAAGGGGUGAACCGUGGGGUCCUUGGUGGUCUCUGAGCUUGGUGGUUUCCUUGCAGAUGUUUCAUUACCCAGUUAGGGAACAUCAUCAGUACUAGGAGGGAAUAGGGUUGGCUCUUUGUGGUCUGCCCUGUCAGUGUUCCUUCAUGGCUUCUUGAUUAGGUUGUUUUUUAAUGUUAGCUUGUUUGUCUGAGUUGGUGUAUUCUUGAUUGGGGUAAUUGUUUAUUAUUUGAUGGUUGGUCUCAUAUUAAUCUCGAUGCUAAUCUCUGCUUAUCUGGAUGUUGAUUGCUGGCAAGGAGGGGUUGUGGUCUUUUAGCUUUUUGAUUGUCUCUUUUGAAUGGUAUGUAGAUGUUGUUUAUCUCUAUGUGCCUGUUGAUAGCUGAGGGCCAGGCUUUCUAGAAUUCUCCUGGAAUUUUGGACUUAGCUGGGUUUAAGUUGCUCAUAGUUUCUCAAUUCAUCUGCAGUGAACACCCAGAUAAGCAGAGAUUCAUUACCCCAAUCAAGGAGCUACCAAUUCAAACACUCAGACGGUAAACAACAGCCUUGAAAUCAACAAAAACACUCCCACCAACACCGACAAUGACAGGGCAAGCCACUUGUGUAUGAACAGGGAUCAAAUGCCACUUCAUGCUAGCAUUGGUGAUGUUACCUCAUUGGGAAAUAUUUGCAAAAAACCCAGCCAAGCUCAGAUAGCACCAAGGACCCAAAACUCCCUUACAUUUUUUGACCUCCCCUUGCAAACGUUCCUGCUAGAGACGAACUCGAUAAAUGAAGAUGAAGAAUAGCACCAAAUCAGAGCACUUUACUUAGCUUCUUUCUUUUACUAUUUUCUCAGGCAAAAUGGCUUCUCCAAUUGUCUGCAAUUUUGUCCAAGUUCUUUACAAUGCAGUUAUAUAGAAUUGCUUUUAAUAAGAAGUAAACAACAAUUCCUAGGUUAGAGGAAUGACAUAAAGUAACUAAUAGAGACUUGUAACAUACUUAUAGAAUGGAUAAAUGAAAAUCUAGCAGCUGUGCUAGAAUAGUGCAAUUUUUAUGUCAGGAGUUUGAUGACAGAGGAAAUGCCUGGAACUUGGUUUUAAAAAUCUGAUUUAAAAACAGGCAUCAAAUUCUACAUCUAUAGUCUUAAGAUUCCAAUGCAAUCUUUCCCCAACACUUUCCCUAUGAUUCAGGCUUCAUUUCGCUCUAUCCAUCCAUUGGGGAUGGGGGCGGGUUUGUUUCCAGAUGUUGCUUUUGGGGGUUUAGUUGGUGUAACUCCGUUUUUCCAAUUUGCACAUGCUGUCGGAAGAUUAUGGAAAUUGCCCCCGUGCGACUGGAGAGAAACAGAAAUGGAAAAAAGAAUCACAUUUCUUUUCAUUUCUUUCUAGUGUUUUCUCUUCUGGCUUAAUUUAUUUUCAAAAGCUACUUUUGGAUAGGUUUUGUUGGAUGUGGUAUAUUCUGCUCACCUUGAGAAUUAAAAAGAUGCAUCCUUUGACACCGGGAAAGGAAGAGCAUUCAACUCUUCUCACCUGCCUAUUUUUAUUUUUUUUACCUGUUUCCCAUCCUCGGAGAGAAUGGGAAUCAAGAAGUUCUGGCAGGGGAAAUGCAGAGAAGGAAACACCAGAGAGGCUAAUUUGUGGAUGGAGAAAGGGCUGGACAUUUGGGCAUCCGUGCCCACGAGAUGGGAAUCCGAUUUUGCAAAGCUGAAACCCAUUUCUGUGUCCUUCCUUAGCUAUCAACCAAAUUCACAGGCUUCUGAGUUGUGCCAUGCAGCCCUCCCAUUUUUUGAAAAUUAUAUUAGGGGGAAAAAAACUGUACAAAAAUGCACCUAUUUGUGAAAAGCAUGACAGAAUUUGCAACAAAUGUGUACAAUCAAGUUCAGAGAAAUGGGCACUCAAUGUAUGCAGUGUAAGUGCAAGCUUUUAUUAUUAUUUUUUAAAUACAUUCCCUUGCUUGAUGUACUGUAGUGUGAAAAUGAGAAAAAUGGAAUCUCUCCUGUUUGCCAAAUGGAAGAAACUCCAGGCGGUGGAUUCCCAUAAAUGGGGAACGAAACGUAUUCAUCCCUUUUGCUCCUACGUGCACCCUGCCUGCCACCUCUGCUUCGGUCUUCCUGAAAAUAGGGCAGGGCAUCUCCAAAGGUUUGGAGGAAUAGACAGAAACCUUGCUAUUUCUCGCCUUCAAGCCAUGAUAGUUGGAAGACUUUCAAACAAGGUGGUUGGCCCUUCAGGAGGUGAACGCCCAGGUGGGAGAGAUAAUAAGAAGAUCUCAAUGUUUAUCUUGGUUUUUCCUGCCAAAGAUGGCUCAAAAGCCUCUAUCUGGAAGAAGAGGGAGGGAGGUCCCCUAAUCAUCCAGAGCUUCGCUUGUUCCGUGUCUGUCGUUGUGGGUGCAUUUGUGUGUCCGUUGAGCUAAAUCUUGACCUUCUUUUUCCUUCUCAGAGCUAAUUAUUCUCGCAUCUGCGAACUCUGUGAGAAAGCACAGAAUGCUGGGAAUGCCCUGUAGAGAUGCUUUUGCAGCUUAAAUUCAGGACGAAACUUCCUUUGGCAAGGAAGAAUCUGCAAAACUGGGGGAACAGCAUAAAUCACACUGAAUAUGCCAGGAGUUUCUCCUUCACCCCCACUGCUCUGCCCGGCUUGGUUACAGCUGCUGAAUGGCACAAGGUUCUCUGGAGCCCUUGGUGUGGGUGGGAGCCUGCCUGGUGUUGGCGGGAGAGAGGGUGAA